GCCAAGUUUGGGAAAAUAUUGGGGUCAACUCAUGACAUGACUGAAACGCUCCAUUCAAAAGCGGCGCGCAACCGCGGUUGCCUUUGAAUGGAGCAUUGUGGAAAAAUGAUUGAAUUAUCAAUAUUUAACCGCGUUUUCAGCAUUGAAGAUCUUAUUUUUGAUGCUUGAAUCCACUAGGAGCCCCACUCGUAAUGGAUGGAGAUGAAAUGGAAUGUGAAAACGGUGGCGAGAUGGAUGAAGAGAGAGAAGAAGAAGAAGAGGGUGCAGAACCUGCCGAAAAGGAGGUCUUCAUCCCAGGAGUCAGUGGCACGCUGAAAGACGGUGAAGAGCUCACUUUUGAUCCAGAAGCUUACAAGAUUUUCUACUCCUUUGAAACUAAAUGGUCAUGUUUGUCUUUUGACGUUGUGAAGGAUAACCUUGGUGAACGUUCUGAUUUCCCUCUGGAAUGUUACAUCGUGUCAGGAAGUCAAGCGGAUAAGCCUAAGAAUAAUGAGCUUCUUGUUAUGGGGCUUAAAAAUCUCAAUGCUUUGGAGGAUGACGACGAUGAAGAUGAAGUUAGUGAUGAUGAAAGUAUCUCCGAAGAAGAUGAGGAAAAGAAAAACGCUUUCAUACAUUCCGUGACUAUUUCACAUUAUGGUGGUAUAAACCGAGUGAAGGUUCAACGCCUUGGGGACGGUACCGUAUGCGCAGUUUGGAAUGAUUUGGGUAAAGUUCAAUUGUGGAACAUUACGAAUGCUCUGAAUGAAUGCGAGAAAAUGACUUCCUCCGGCAAGAACGAAAAACAAAUUUUGGAAAAGCCACUCUUCUCCUACAGCACGCGGAAAGAAGGUUAUGCUCUAGGAUGGUCAAAAUUGAAACUGGGUGAUUUUGCUUCCGGUGAUCAGUGCCGAAACAUUCAUUUGUAUCGCAUGCACGAAGGUGGAGCCUGGGUUGUAGAUCAAAGAGCUCUCACCAGUCAUGCUGGUUCGGUUGAGGACGUGCACUGGUCUCCUACUGAAGAAGGGUUACUAGCUUCUUGUUCCUGUGAUGGCACAAUAAAGCUGUGGGAUACCCGGUCAAGUCCUGCAGAUGCUUGCGUAUGCACUGUUGACAAGGCACACAGUUCUGAUGUCAAUGUUAUGUCGUGGAAUCCACAGGAUGCGUUGUUAGUCAGCGGUGGAGAUGAUGCCGAGUUGAAGAUUUGGUCGUUGAAGACGAUACAGUUUGGUCAACCAGUUGCACGCUUCAAGUAUCACUCAGCUCCGAUUACGUCGGUUGAAUGGUUACCGCAGGAAUCUACCACGUUUAUGGCUUCUGGAGAAGAUGAUCAAGUGACUAUUUGGGAUAUAGCUACUGAGGCGGACACACAAGAUGCUGUGGAAGGCGUACCACCGCAACUGAUGUUCUUACACCUUGGCCAAAAGGAGGUAAAAGAAGUCCACUGGCACCCGCAAAUUGCUGGACUUGCUCUAACAACAUCCUUGGACGGUUUCAACGUUUUCAAAACUAUCAAUAUCUAAUCUGUUAAUCUGUUGUCAUGAAAAAUUGUUAUGUUAGUUGUUACUCGUUACCAUUGUUGCUUCUGAGAGGUAUUGAAUUGCUAUUUUGUUACUGUUAUCGCAUGCAAGGAAAGUUAUUGAACUAUCUAUCCCGAUUUUGACUAUUUUUUCGAUGUAAAUUUUUGCAAUGAAGUUACUUGAAGCUUGC